GAGCUGUCACCGAGGAGAGUCGAGCCGGUUGUGUCGCUCUCGUCUAUUUUUCUUUCGUUUUACAGGUGAAGUAAGAAGAAUAAGGUGGCAUGUAAAGACGAGCAACUCCAAGCAAAACACUGAAGCCCACCACAUACUAUUGAGAACAAUUAUGUCUGCUAAAGAAGAGAGUGAAGACUUCAGUUAUCCAGAGCCAUGGAUAAUUACACAUGAAGAUACUGAGGAACAAAGAGAUUUGAUGGAGGUAAAAGAGGAAAGUCAAGAGCUGAAGGACUUCGAGGAGAUACAUCAGUGUGAUAUAUCUGAUAAUCUCAGAACUGAUGAAAAAUCCAGUUGCUCGCAGACUGAACAUGAUUUCCCACCGAAAAUAACUCGAACAAAAGACCAAAAUGAUUGUGCCUGCUCGGAGUGUGGAAAGAGUUUCACAAAGAAACGAUACCUUAGGUGUCACAUGAGAAUUCACACUGGAGAGAGGAAGUCUUUCAUCUGCCAUCAGUGUGGAAAGAGAUUCACACUAAAAGGAAGUCUUGAGAAGCACCUGAUAAUUCACACUGGAGAGAAGCCUUUCACAUGCCCUCAAUGUGGAAAGAGUUUCACACAAAAAGGAAGCCUUAAUAGGCACCUGAGUCUUCACUCUGGACAGAAGCCUUUUACAUGCCAUCAAUGUGGAAAGAGUUACAUGAAUAGAGGACUGCUUGAGGUUCACAUGAGAAUCCACACUGGAGAGAAGCCUUUCACAUGCCUUCAAUGUGGAAAGAGAUUCACUCAAGAAGUAAACCUUAAGAGUCACAUGAGAAUUCAUACUGGAGACAGGCCUUUCACAUGUCUACAGUGUGGAAAGAGUUUCAUCCAAGCAAGCCAUCUCACAACUCAUCUGCGGUUUCACUCUGGAUUAAGGCCAUUUAACUGUGAUCAAUGUGGCAAAACAUUUGUACUGGCAUCAUAUCUAAAAGCACACCUUACAAUUCAUACAAAUGAGAAGACUUAUGUGUGUUCUUUGUGUGGAAAGAGUUUCAUUAGUCAAGGAAACCUGAAAACCCACGAGAGAGUGCAUACUGGAGAGAAGCCACACCACUGCAUAUCAUGUGGGAAGAGUUUCACACGGUCAAUUAGUUUACAGAUGCAUUUAGAAAAGCUUUGUCCAAUGCUGUCAAAGUGAGCACAGUUUAUCUUUAAGGUCAUCACUCUGUUUUAUGCAACACAACUCUGUUUUAAUGUAACAUCUUGACAGCCUGUUAAUGGUUGGAGUUAAAUCAUAAAAUGUAUAUGUAAAUGCAGAGGUGGUUUGAGAUGUAUUAUAGGUGAAAAUCGGUCAUGUAUGUGUACAAUUAGUGCAAAAUGCUGCAGCUAGACAUUUUACAUGAACAAGGUCUUCAACUCCUAUUACUCCAGUUUUAGCCUCUUUGCACUGAUUACCUAUCCUCUUUAGGGUUACUUUUUUAAUAUUUUAUUAAUUACAUACUAUAUAAAACAUUGUACAGUAUAUCUUGGCACCUGAAUAUUUAGCAGAACUAUUAAAACCAUACAAAACUGUUAUACCUCUUAGAUCUUCUUGUCAUGAACUGUUGGCUGUUUAAAGAUCCAGAUGUAAAACUAUAGGUGAUAGAGCGUUUGUGGUGAAGGCCCAACGAUUA